GUCUUCGCGCGCCACGUGACUCGGAAGCUCCGGUUUCACCCAGGCGGGGAGUCAACAGCCCGCUGACCCCAGUGGAGCGGUGAGCCUCGCUCGGCAGGCGGCAGGGGCGCGAUGGCGGGUUUCCCCAUCCGCAAGCCGAGCAGUGUGGCGUUAAUGGAGAACCGCAGCUGCGCGCACACGCUCGCUGUACGCUGCUCAUUCACGGAGGGACACGGGGCAGGAAAACUGCAACAAGUUAAAAAGCCUUUUGCGUUUGGUUUGUUGUCUUAUUGUUUGCAUACAGUUACCAGGAACAUUAUGUCCCACACUUGUAUAAUUUACAAAACGUUUUCAUAAACAUUGCUCUCUUCCUUAAUCCAUAACAGUUCUGAGGCACACACGGCGGGUAAUAUUUUACAAAUUUUACCUAUGAGGAGGCAGAUCCAUGACUAGAAAGUAGUAAUACCAAAACUCGGUUGAUUAUUUUUAUUUUUUUGCCUUGGUCUAAUGUCUGAUGGUCCAGGAAUUCACUUCAAGUAAAAUAAUGGAGCUAAACUGAUACAGGUAUGGUUUUCAGUAGUAUUUCAGAAAAGGGUAGCUGGGUGAGUAAAACAGUAGUUUGGAGUGUGAAUCCCAGAACUCAAACUGCUAUUAAUUAUCCUUAUGAAGAUUUGAACAGGCUAAGAGUAAAAACAGGAACAAGGUCUAGUCAGGCAUUUUCAUGUUACUCAUAUAAUUCUUACAGCAAAUAGAGCUGACAAGUUUGUUUUUUUUUUCUUUUGAGACGGAGUCUCUGUCGCCCAGGCUGGAGUGCAGUGGUGCGAUCUCGGCUCACUGCAAGCUCCGCCUCCCGGGUUCACGCCAUUCUCCUGCCUCAGCCUCCCGAGUAGCUGGAACUACAGGCGCCCAGCUAAUUUUUUGUAUUUUUAGUAGAGACAGGGUUUCACCGUGUAAGCCAGGAUGGUCUCGAUCUGACCUCGUGAUCAGUCCGCCUCGGCCUCCCGAUGUGCUGGGAUUACCGGCGUGAGCCACCACGCCCGUCCGAGCUGACAAGUUUAAGUAACCUUCUCAAGGUUACCCUGCUAGAAGAGGAUUCUCAAGGCACAGAGUUGUGGGCCACAAGAAUCCAGGUUGAGGAAACGGUGAAAGUCCUGAGCUGAAACAACUACCUUGGGGCAUUGAAGGAACAGCAAACAGCAAGCCGACCGGCGGGGGUGGCGGGAGCUGGGCUGGAAAUCAGGUGGGAGAACCGGCCAGACGCCCGCAGGCGCGGUACGCAGAUAGCCUGGAAUGCGCUGGGGGCUCUUCCCUGGGCGCGGCUUCAGCACCCCCCAUUCCGGUCCCACCACGUCCCCACCCACCUGGAGAAGGCGGAGGCUGCACUGAGUGCCGUCUGAGAGUCACUGGAGCUACCAGAAGCACCAUGGGGCCCUGGGGAGAGCCAGAGCUCCUGGUGUGGCGCCCCGAGGCGGUAGCUUCAGAGCCUCCAGUGCCUGUGGGGCUGGAGGUGAAGUUGGGGGCCCUGGUGCUGCUGCUGGUGCUCACCCUCCUCUGCAGCCUGGUGCCCAUCUGUGUGCUGCGCCGGCCCGGAGCUAACCAUGAAGGCUCAGCUUCCCGUCAGAAAGCCCUGAGCCUAGUAAGCUGUUUCGCUGGUGGCGUCUUUUUGGCCACCUGUCUCCUGGACCUGCUGCCUGACUACCUGGCUGCCAUAGAUGAGGCCCUGGCAGCCUUGCACGUGACGCUCCAGUUCCCGCUGCAAGAGUUCAUCCUGGCCAUGGGCUUCUUCCUGGUCCUGGUGAUGGAGCAGAUCACACUGGCUUACAAGGAGCAGUCAGGGCCGUCACCUCUGGAGGAAACAAGGGCUCUGCUGGGAACAGUGAAUGGUGGGCCGCAGCACUGGCAUGAUGGGCCAGGGGUCCCACAGGCGAGUGGAGCCCCAGCAACCCCCUCAGCCUUGCGAGCCUGUGUACUGGUCUUCUCCCUGGCCCUCCACUCCGUGUUCGAGGGGCUGGCGGUAGGGCUGCAGCGAGACCGGGCUCGGGCCAUGGAGCUGUGCCUGGCUUUGCUGCUCCACAAGGGCAUCCUGGCUGUCAGCCUGUCCCUGCGACUGUUGCAGAGCCACCUUAGGGCACAGGUGGUGGCUGGCUGUGGGAUCCUCUUCUCAUGCAUGACACCUCUAGGCAUCGGGCUGGGUGCAGCUCUGGCAGAGUCAGCAGGACCUCUGCACCAGCUGGCUCAGUCUGUGCUAGAGGGCAUGGCAGCUGGCACGUUUCUCUAUAUCACCUUUCUGGAAAUCCUGCCCCAGGAGCUGGCCAGUUCUGAACAAAGGAUCCUCAAGGUCAUUCUGCUCCUAGCAGGCUUUGCGCUGCUCACUGGCCUGCUCUUCAUCCAAAUCUAGGGGGCUUCAAGAGAGGGGCAGGGGAGAUUGAUGAUCAGGUGCCCCUGUUCUCCCUUCCCUCCCCCAGUUGUGGGGAAUAGGAAGGAAUGGGGAACGGAAAUACUGAGGACCAAAAAGUUCUCUGGGAGCUAAAGAUAGAGCCUUUGGGGCUAUCUGACUAAUGAGAGGGAAGUGGGCAGACAAGAGGCUGGCCUCAGUCCCAAGGAACAAGAGAUGGUCAAGUCGCUAGAGACAUGAUCAGGGGACAUUAGGAUUGGGGAAGACACUUGACUGCUGGAAUCAGAGGUUGGACACUAUACAUAAGGACAGGCUCACAUGGGAGGCUGGAGGUGGGCACCCAGCUGCUGUGGGAUGGGUAUGGAGAGGUCAUAAACCUAGAGUCAGUGUCGUGUUGGUCCUAGCCCAUUUCCGCACCCUGCCACUUGGAGUGGACCUCUUCUACUUUUCUUAGCGCCUACCCUCCUAUCUAUCCAGGGGACUAGUGCCAAAUGGUCUCUCCCUGCCAAUUUUGGUAUCUUCUCUGGCCUCUCCAGUACUGCUUACUCCUCUAUUUUUAAAGUGCCAAACAAAUCCCCUUCCUCUUUCUCAAAGCACAGUAAUGUGGCACUGAGCCCUACCCAGCACCUCAGUGAAGGGGGCCUGCUUGCUCUUUAUUUUGGUCCCGGAUCCUGGGGUGGGGCAGAAAUAUUUUCUGGGCUGGGGCAGGAGGAAGGUUGCUGCAGCCACCUACUGCUGCUGUACCCUAGGAAUAUGGCGACAUGGACAUGGUGUCCAUGCCCAGAUGAUAAACACUGAGCUGCCAAAACAUUUUUUUAAAUACACCCGAGGAGCCCAAGGGGGAAGGGCAAUGCCUACCCCCAGCGUUAUUUUUGGGGAGGGAGGGCUGUGCAUAGGGACAUACUCUUUAGAAUCUAUUUUAUUAACUGACCUGUUUUGGGACCUGUUACCCAAAUAAAAGAUGUUUUUAGACAUC